AUUAGACACAGACUUAAAGUUUUCAACUUUCAUCAUCUUCUUCCUCUUCUUCUUCUUCUUCUUCUUCUUCUUCUUAUUCUUCUUCUUUUUCUUCUUCAUCAAAAACUUUUGUUCCAACUUUUCUGUUCAUAGUUACAGAUAUGGUUAGAGCUCCAUUUUAUGAUAAAAAUGGAAUUAAAAAAGGUGCAUGGAGUGCUGAAGAAGAUGAAAAGCUCAGAGCUUAUGUUCAAGAACAUGGUCAUUGUAAUUGGCGAGAGCUUCCUAGAUAUGCUGGUUUGUUGAGGUGUGGCAAAAGUUGUCGACUGCGUUGGAUCAAUUACCUUCGUCCAGAUGUGAAAAGAGGCAAUUACUCGAAAGAAGAAGAACAAUUAAUCCUACAAUUGCAUCAACAAUAUGGAAACAAAUGGUCAAUGAUAGCUACAAAAUUACCUGGACGAACGGAUAACGAAAUAAAGAAUUAUUGGCAUACCCAUUUAAAGAAGGUGAAAAGCAACAAGAAUACAAAGAAGCAUCAAAAUGAGGAAAUUUCCGGUAAUAACAAAUCCAUCCAAAAACGAGAAACUACAAUAAUAUCAGAAAACAAAACCAAUUUGACAAAUGAAAUAAUGCCAUUGUCUCAUCAGAUAUUUGAAAGCUCUCCAAUUUCCACUUUGUCCUCUGAAAUUUCCACAGUGACCUCAAAUCAAGAAUCCACACAAGAUAGCCCUCCAACACCAUUGUUCAAGUUUCAAGAAGAACCAUAUGAUCAUCAUAACAAUGGAGAUCUUUGGGUUAAUCCAUUGUUUGUAGCUGAAAAUUAUUUGGAAGCUGAAAGUGAUCAAAACCCAAUCAACUUUGGUUUUAUUGGAGGCUUCAAUCAACCUUAUGAUUUUGAGUUACUUGAUGAAAACUACUUGUUCUGUCAAGCAAUGAAAGAAUUGCCUGAAAAUUAUCAAUCCCAAUUGUAUCCCUUCUGAAAAACAAAAAAUAUUGUAUAUGUAUAUAAUAUAUAUAUAUAUAUGAGUGAUAAAUGCUAGAACUUUGUUA